AUGUCCGCGAUAGUAGUACGCCAUCCGCAUUCGUCCUGGUAUACACCAACGCCGGGCCAGGAGAACCGAAACAUCGCAGCGGAAGCAUAUCGGGCUGCCAUCGAACACCUCAAGAAUGAGCUGGGCAUUUCCCUCGACGAUUCAGUCCCUCACAAGUUCCAAGCGUCCAUAAAGGAUGUCUUCAGCGUGGUGGAGAAUGCCAAGAAAGAUUACGAAGACAAGAGCAAGCAGGACAGGCAUGCAGAGAUGAGGCAGUCGCUCGAGAGGCUGUCUGCGCGCAUCAUGUACUAUGGCAAAGUCAUCGACACCUUGGCGCAGCAUCAUCCCGAGUACGUGGCUCUGGUAUGGGGUGCCAUGAAGUUCGUUCUGACCGUAGGUUAUACCUUGUCCAAGCUUGCCCUACCGCUUGUGGUGUACUGA